AUGGAGAGGCAACGGAUCACAGAAGAAAGAGAAAGAAUAGCCAGAGCGAAGGCAGAGAGGGAGAGACUUGAGAAAGAAAGGAUUGCCAAAGAGAAAGUGGAGAGAGAGAGGCUGGAGAGGGAACGCAUUAAAGAAAGAGAGAGAGUCAUAAAGGAGAAGGAAAGGGUGGAGAGAGAGAGGGCCGAAAAGGAGAGGCAAGAGAGGGAACAAAUGGCCAAAGAAAGAGCAGAAAAGGAAAGGCAAGAGAAAGACCGUGUUGCCAAGGAAAGGGAGAGAAUCGCCAGGGAAAAAGAGAGGGUGGAAAAAGAAAGAAUAGCCAAAGAAAAGGAAAGGAUGGAGCGGGAACACAUGGCCAGGGAAAGGGCGAGAAUGGCUCAGGAGAGGGAGAGAUUAGAGAAAGAAAAGCUAGGGAAGGAAAUGGCGGCGAGAGAAGAGAGGGAGAGGAUCGAACAGCUGAGACUAGAGAAGGAGAGAAUCGAACAGCUGAGACUAGAGAAGGAGAGAAUCGAACAGCUGAGACUAGAGAAGGAGAGAAUCGAACAGCUGAGACUAGAAAAGGAGAGAGUGAGAAUUGCCCGGGAGAAGGAGAGAAUCGAACAGCUGAGGCUAGAGAAGGAGAGAAUCGAACAGCUGAGGCUAGAGAAGGAGAGAAUCGAACAGCUGAGGCUAGAGAAGGAGGGAAUCGAACAGCUGAGACUAGAGAAGGAGAGAGUGAGAAUCGCCCGGGAGAAGGAGAGAAUCGAACAGCUGAGGCUAGAGAAGGAGAGAAUCGAACAGCUGAGGCUAGAGAAGGAGAGGACGACCAGAGAAGAGAGGGAGAGGAUAGAGAGGGAACGACUGGCGAAGGAGAGAGCGAGAAUCGCCCAGGAGAAGGAGAGAAUCGAACAGCUGAGACUAGAGAAGGAGAGAAUCGAACAGCUGAGACUAGAGAAGGAGAGAAUCGAACAGCUGAGACUAGAGAAGGAGGGAAUCGAACAGCUGAGACUAGAGAAGGAGAGAAUCGAACAGCUGAGGCUAGAGAAGGAGAGAACGGCGAAGGAGAAAGCUGCUUGGGACAAGAUGGCGGGGGAGAAGCUGGUAAAGGUAGAAGUGAAGAAAGCGGAGCCGCGCGACAGGAAGCCCAACGCUUCCCAGCUGAACCCUCCGGCGGGGAGGAGGGAGAAAAGUGUGGUGGUGGAGGACAAAAUGGCCGCCGGCGGGAAGAAGAAAUAACACCGUGGAGCUAAGGCUACUGUCACUCCCCGAUGUGAGGAGAAGGCAGAUCUGAGUCACUUUGAGACAAGUAGCAUACGAGAUGCUAACAAGAGACUUCUGUAAUGUCAACACAGUAAGAAUGGAGCUAUUUAACCAAGUUGGUUCACUGCUAGCUUAGCUACAAGUUAGCAUCAAACACAACAAAGACUGUCUGGUGAAUGGUGUUUUGAGCUAACGUUAGCAAUCAAACAGUCAUAGAUAGCUAAAACAUUUUUUACAACAUAACUAGUAACCCGUUUGAUGUAGACUAUUGUGUGAGGUAUCAAUGAACUCAGCAGAGAGUCCCUUAUGCUUUAGCCACGCCCCUGUACUUAAGCCACACCCCUUU